UCCUAGUUCUCACACACAACAAUCUACUAGUAUCUCAUAAGCCUACAACAUCCCUUGAACCAGAGCCCCACCCAACUCACUAGUCACCAUGGCCAAUUUCCAGAUAACUCCCCGCGCAGCGUUCGUGGAGAGCAAUGAGCUCAACUUCCGCAGCCUGUACCUUUUCCACACUCCCCUUGGUUCAAACCAGAAUCAGUCAGGCAUAAUAGACUCGAAUGUUACUACCGGUUUGGGUGCGGCAGUCGUUAACAACUGGCCGAUAUGUGAUGGCCCUAGCCCCGGCGCCACCGUUGUUGCGCGUGCACAAGGCCUGCAUAUCUAUGCCGGUAACUGGCAGAAUACUUUCAGCAUAACAUUCGAGGUUGAAAGGUUUAAGGGAUCAACGCUUCAAGUGAUGGGGAUAUCCGUCGAAGAAGGUGAGUGGGCUAUUGUUGGUGGGACAGGACAGUUCGCUAUGGCGACCGGUGUCAUCUAUAAAAAGUUCCAUGAACAAAGGAGCGAAGGUAACAUCAUAGAACUCACUAUCCAUGGAUUUUGUCCCAUGGUUCACAGAGCCUUCCCACAAAGGUUGGACCAUGGGGUGGAAAUGGAGGCUCAGAUAAAGACAUCGUCGAGGCACCCAAGACGUUUAGAGAGCAUCACAGUUAGCAGCGGCACUAUCAUUGAUUCAAUCAAAUUUUCUUAUGUCGACCAAGCUAUAAGUUGUGUAAUGAACUUGGUAAAGCGAGUGAAGAUCCAAAGCUAUGCAUUGUGAACAUGAAAAAUUGGUAGAUGGAUAUGAUGCGAUGGAUUUUUCUACUAGAAUAGACACGAAAAAGUGAUGCAAAAGCCCACUCAUCAAACAUCACGAAUCAAUACUUGCAUAACCUACAAUACUACCACAUGCUCACGGAUCGAAGUUAAAACAAGUAGGGAGUGAUGUGACUUAUACCAAUGGAGGGCGGUAAAAGUGGAGUUUGAGAAACAAUGGAACAUAAUGACGUGAGAAAAAUGGUGGGAAAUAAAAGAUAUAAAAUAUAAAGGAGAAAGAAAGAAAGAAAGAAAAUAAAAGAAAUAAUAGACAAUAAACAAAAGAUACAGGUUCGAAAUAGACCUUUGUCGAGUCCCAUUGUUGCCAAAGAUGACCAUACUAGCAGCGAAACUUUCUUUGCCGAGUACCCUACUCGACACACAUUGCAACAUCGUCAACGCUCUGUCAACUGUGGCGACAAGGGACACAUGCCAUGCACUUUGCCGAGGGCACUUGUAUUUGCCGAGUUUUGUAUGACGUGUACUUGGAAAAUGAUAUCUUGGCUGAGGGCUAUCUCUCUGCUGAGUUUUUUAUAGACACUCGACUUUA